AUGACGCAGAAUGGACACACCGGUCUCGAGGGCUCGAUGAGCUCCCUCAACGUCAACGGCGGAAGCGCUCCCGCUCCUCGCGCCGCUUACGUUCCCCCUCACCUCCGCAAGGCUCGCGUUGAGGGUGCCGCGCCCCCCGUUCCCGCUGUCGGCGCGCCUGCCCAACUCGCUCCCCCUGCGGCUGGCGGGGGCGGCGGAUGGGGCGGCAACCCCGCCGCGCCCGCGUUCGUCCCUCGCACCGACAGCUGGAGCACCGGCCAGCGCACGGGCGGCGGAGGAGGAUUCGGCGGAGGCGCACCUCGCUCGGGCGGCAGUUUCGGCGGCAGCGCCUUCGCCGGCCGCGACGGCUUUGGCUCGUGGCAGGGCGGCAAGCACGUCCCGGGCCAGUCGAACGCGCGCCUCGAGAAGGAGCUCUUUGGCGAGGUCGGCGACGGCACCAAGCAGACGACCGGCAUCAACUUUGACGCCUACGCCGACAUCCCCGUCGAGGCGACCGGCACCGACGUCCCCGAGCCCAUCACCGAGUUCCUCCCGCCCAUCGACGCCCACCUCCUCGAGAACAUUGCCCUCGCGCACUACAAGACCCCGACGCCCGUCCAGAAGUACUCGGUCCCCAUCGUCGCCGGCGGCCGCGACCUCAUGGCUUGCGCCCAGACCGGCUCCGGCAAGACGGGCGGCUUCCUCUUCCCCAUCCUCUCGGCGCUCUUCACGUACGGCCCGCGCCCGAACCCCAUGGCGGACAACCAGCCCCGCUUCGGCCGCGGCCGCAAGGCGUUCCCGACCGCGCUCGUCCUCGCCCCGACCCGCGAGCUCGUCUCGCAGAUCCACGACGAGGCCCGCAAGUUUGCCUACCGCUCGUGGGUCCGCCCCGCCGUCGUCUACGGCGGCGCCGACAUCGGCUCGCAGCUCCGCCAGCUCGACCAGGGCUGCGACCUCCUCUCUGCCACCCCCGGCCGCCUCGUCGACUUGAUGGAGCGCGGAAGGAUCUCGCUCGCCAACGUCCGCUACCUCGUUCUCGACGAGGCUGACCGCAUGUUGGACAUGGGUUUCGAGCCCCAGAUCCGCCGCAUCGUCCAGCAGGCCGACAUGCCGGACGUCAUGGACCGCCAGACGCUCAUGUUCUCGGCGACCUUCCCCCGCGAAAUCCAGAUGCUCGCCCGCGACUUCCUCAAGGACUACAUCUUCCUCUCCGUCGGUCGCGUCGGCUCGACGUCGGAGAAUAUAACUCAAAAAAUAGAGUACGUGGAGGACGAGGACAAGCGCUCGGUGUUGCUCGACAUCCUCUACGCGAUCCCGGCCGGCGGCCUCACCCUCAUCUUUGUCGAGACCAAGCGCAUGGCCGACUUGCUCGAGGGCUUCCUCGCGCAGAACAACUUUGCGGCGACCUCGAUCCACGGCGACCGCUCGCAGCGCGAGCGCGAGUACGCCCUCGAGACGUUCCGCUCGGCCCGCACCCCGAUCAUGGUCGCGACCGCCGUCGCCGCGCGCGGUCUCGACAUCCCCAACGUGACCCACGUCAUCAACUACGACCUCCCGUCCGACAUCGACGACUACGUCCACCGCAUCGGUCGUACCGGACGCGCGGGCAACACGGGUCAGGCGACGGCCUUCAUCAACGGCGGCAACCGCAACAUCGUCCGCGACUUGAUCGAGCUCCUCCGCGAGGCCAAGCAGGAGGUCCCGCAGUGGCUCGACGCGAUGGGUCGCCAGAGCACCGGCUUUGGAGGCGGACGUGGACGCGGAGGAGGACGCGGCCGCUCGGGACCGACUCGCGACUUCCGCUCGGGAGCAGGAGGCGGCGGCAACCGUUUCGCUGGCGGCAACAGUUUCGGCGGAGCGGCGUCGGGCGGAUGGAGCGCGCCGGCUGCCUCGUCGUACGGCCCGCCGCGCAUGGGCGGGACCGGCAACGGCUUCUACCAGGCGCCUUCGUAUGGCGGUGCAGGUGCCGGAGGAGGAUCCUCCGCGUGGUACUGA